UUGUGAAUACAGCUUAUAAUGUCUUUUGCGUUCAGCAGUCACCGUGUUUGGUCGCGUGUUUUAUUAUAAAGCUAAAUAAUCAAAACUACAACGCCAUUCCAACAUGCUAAUUUUUUAUUAAUUAAAUAUUAAAAUUUAAAAUUAAUUUCGUUUUUUAUAAAGCCUAUUUAGAUCCCUACCGUAUUAUUUUAUUUAUUUUAAAAUCAAAAUUAACAUUAAAAUUAAAAGUCAAAAUUGAAUUUUAUUAUUUUUCUAAAAUUUAACUAAAUCAAAUCUCAAUAUGUCUGCGGAAUCCUUCAUCAAUUCAUUUUCAAUUGAUGAAGAAAUUGAAUGGUGGGUUGCCAACGAUGUCAAUUGAAAUCAGUGGGUAUGUUAAUGCUAUUGAUGUGUUGAAGCUUGUGGCGACCAAACACAAUCCCCGUACGCCUCUAUACAAAAUUGUAAUCAAUAAUGGCGGUAAAAUGAAAGUUCGUGUUCUCUUUUGGGCGGAGUUGGCCAAAAAAUACUCUCAUGUCCUCAAUCUUCACUCAUUUAUCACUCUGAAAGGCGCUAAAACUAAACUGAAUACGUAUCUAAACCAAAUACGUAUUGAGUUGUUAGUUUCAAAGUCUACAGAAGUAAUCGUCAGUUCAUUGCAGUACGAAAAUGAUUACAGAGAUGGCGAAAUACCAAUAGUGGCUAUGGCCGAUUUGGUAGAUGUAAAGGGUAUUGUUAAGGUUUAUAGAUAUUUGAAGCAAGAAUUCAGACAAGCUGCAACUCCUACUGGCUGUUACGCAUUCGGAGUCUUGGUCGACGCAAGAUCAAGAUUACCUUUACGUGUAAUUGGAUUUGACCCCGCUGAUUUCGUUAAGUUCCCGCAGGGUUACUUAUUAAAAGUUCGCGGUCGCUCUAUUACACCUGCCGAUGGGCCCACUCAAAUGCGUGUCGAUUCGUUUUCCGACAUUCUUAUGGAUGAAACCAUCCCGCAACUAUCAGCGGCCGAACUUCGAUUGUACGGUCUUGAAUCACCUAAAAGGAGAUUCGAGCAAAUGUAAUAGAUUAUUUUACGUUUCGCUGAGCAAUCACUCUAGCAUAGUUA